AUGGCAGACCCUCCCGAGAGCAAGGAGUUGCGGGCACCGGAGGACGGCCUGGUAGCUGUCACGGUCGACGACACAACAACCCACGAUGCCAUCUCUCCACACGUCGACACGGACGAGGCCGCCGCCAACGAGAAGAAGCAAGUCCGAGACGGCGGCGACGGAGCCGCCGAGCUGAGCCGCGGCACCGGCCUCGCGGCGACAAAGAGCUAUGCGACAGACACGAGCGUGGCGACGACAAUGGCCGCGACAAGGUCCCGGACCGGAGCCGAGGAGCAGGGCUCGAGGACGUGGCGCCAGCGGGUGAAUCCGCUGCGAUGGGGCCGGAUCCCCGAGGUUCCAGAGGAGCGCAUCGUGUCUCGAGAGCACGGGGCGAGUUUCCUGAGCAGGUUGACGUUUCAGUGGAUGACGCCCCUCAUGACGACAGGCUACAAGCGCCGGCUCCAACCCGGCGACAUCUGGACCGUCAACCCGGACCGGGCCGUCGAGCCCAUGACGGCGCGGGUGCGCGAGGCCUUCCGGCGCCGCGUCUCGGCCGGCGACAAGCAUCCGCUCUUCUGGGCGCUCCACGACAGCUUCACGCUCGAGUUCUGGCUCGGCGGCCUCUUCGCGCUGCUCGGCACCCUGCCCCAGGUCAUUGCGCCCUUUACCCUGCGCUUCCUCAUCCAGUUCGCCGCCGACGCCUACCGCGCCAGCGUCGAGCAGCGGCCGCCGCCGCCCAUCGGUCGCGGCGUCGGGCUCGCCGUCGGCAUCACGGCCAUGCAGAUCGUGCAGAGCGUGUGCGUGAGCCACUUCAUCUACCGCGGCAUGAUGAUGGGCGGGCAGAGCCGGGCGGUCCUCAUCGGCAUGAUUUACGAAAAGGCCAUGGUUAUUUCGGGACGCGCGCGUGCCGGCGGUGUUGGGGGAGGAGAGGCGCAGGCUGGUGGUGGUGAUGGUGAUGCCGACGGUGAUGCUGCGACGGGCGAGAAACCAGGCCAGACAGAGGAAAAGAAGAAGAAGAAGGACAAGGACGCCAAGAAGAACGCCAAAGAUGCCCCCGGCAUCGGCUGGGCCAACGGGCGCAUCGUCAACCUCAUGAGCGUCGACACGUACCGCGUCGACCAAGCCUCGGCCCUUUUCCACAUGAUCUGGACGGCGCCCAUCCUCUGCCUCAUCACCCUCGUGCUGCUCCUCGUCAACCUGACGUACAGCGCGCUCGCCGGCUUCGCGCUGCUGGUGCUGGGCGUGCCGGCCCUGACGCGCGCCAUCCGCAGCCUGUUCCGCCGCCGCGAGGCCAUCAACAAGAUCACCGACCAGCGCGUCUCGCUGACGCAGGAGAUCUUGCAGUCGGUGCGCUUCGUCAAGUUCUUUGGCUGGGAAAGGGCCUUUCUCGACCGGCUGGGCCAGUUCCGUGCGCGCGAGAUUCACGCCAUCCAGGUGCUGCUGGCCAUCCGCAACGCCAUCAACGCCGUCAGCAUGUCGCUGCCCAUCUUUGCCUCGAUGCUGUCCUUUAUCGUCUACUCGCUGUCGCAUCACGACCUGUCGCCGGCCCAGGUCUUCUCCUCGCUGGCCCUGUUCAACGGCCUGCGCAUCCCGCUCAACCUGCUGCCCCUGGUCCUGGGCCAGGUCACCGACGCCUGGUCCUCGCUGUAUCGCAUCGAGCAGUUUCUCACCGAGGAGGAAAAGGACGAGGACGCCGUCGUGGACCUCGAGAGCCCGCACGCCAUCGAGCUGCGCGGCGCCGCCUUUACGUGGGAGAAGACGCCGUCGCAAGACCCCAACGUCGGGACACUGGCCGCGGGCAACAAGGCGUCGUCGGACAAGCCCGCAGAGACAAAGGACGGGCCCGAGGAGCGACGGGAGCCCUUCAAGCUGCAGGGCCUUGACCUGCAGGCCGGGCGCAACGAGCUCAUCGCCGUCAUCGGAUCCGUGGGCAGCGGCAAGAGCUCGCUGCUGGCGGCGCUGGCGGGCGACAUGCGCAAGACAAAGGGCGACGUCGUGUUUGGGGCGUCGCGGGCGUUUUGUCCGCAGUAUGCCUGGAUCCAGAACACGACGCUGCAGAACAACAUUACCUUUGGCAAGGACAUGGACAGGCGCUGGUACCGGAGGGUCAUCGAGGCAUGCGCCCUCGAGGCCGACCUCGACAUGCUGCCCAACGGCGACCAGACGGAAAUCGGCGAGCGCGGCAUCACCAUCUCGGGCGGGCAGAAGCAGCGGCUCAACAUUGCGCGGGCCAUCUACUUCGACGCCGACAUUGUGCUCAUGGACGACCCGCUCAGCGCCGUCGACGCGCACGUCGGGCGGCACAUCUUCGACGAGGCCAUCCUCGGCCUGCUGGGCGACAAGUGCCGCGUGCUGGCGACGCACCAGCUGUGGGUGCUGGCGCGCUGCGACCGCAUCGUGUGGAUGGAGGGCGGCGGCAUCGUGGCCGUCGGCACGUUUGACGAGCUGAUGCGGGAGCACAAGGGGUUCCGGGCGCUGAUGGAGACGGGGGCCGGAGAGGAGAAGAAGACGAAGCAGACGGACGACGACGACGACGACGACGAGAUCGAGACCGAGGCCGAGGGGGGCACGAAGACCAAGACGCGGAGGCGGGCCAAGAAGGGCGCGGCGCUGAUGCAGCAGGAGGAAAAGGCCGAGGCCAGCGUGCCGUGGUCCGUGUACGGCGCCUACGUCCGCGCGUCGGGCUCGCUGCUCAACGCGCCGCUGGUCUUCGUCACGCUCGUGCUGUCGCAGGCGGCCAACAUCAUGACCAGCCUGUGGCUGUCGUACUGGACGUCGGACCGCUUCGGCCUGUCGACGGGCCAGUACAUGGGCAUCUACGCCGGGCUCGGGGCCGCGCAGGCGCUGCUCAUGUUCCUCUUCUCCCUGCUGCUGUCCAUCCUGGGCACGCGGGCGUCGCGCGUCAUGCUGCGCCAGGCGGUGACGCGGGUGCUGCGCGCGCCCAUGGCCUUCUUCGACACGACGCCGCUCGGCCGCAUCACCAACCGCUUCUCGCGCGACGUCGACGUCAUGGACAACAACCUGACGGACGCCUUCCGCAUGUUCUACUUCACCCUGGCCAUGGUCACGGCCGUCUUCGCCCUCAUCGUCGCCUUCUUCCACUGGUUCGCCGUCGCCCUCGUCCCGCUGUACCUGCUCUUCGUCGUCGCCGCCUCCUACUACCGCGCCUCGGCCCGCGAGGUCAAGCGCUUCGAGUCGGUCCUGCGCUCCACCGUCUUCGCCCGCUUCGCCGAGGGCCUCAGCGGCGUCGCCUCCAUCCGCGCCUAUGGCCUGCGCCCGCGCUUCGUCGCCGACCUGCGCGCCGCCGUCGACGACAUGAACGCCGCCUACUACCUGACCUUUGCCAACCAGCGCUGGCUGUCGCUGCGCCUCGACAUGGUCGGCAACGCCCUCGUCUUCACCGUCGCCAUCCUCGUCGUCACUUCGCGCUUCAACGUCGACCCCUCCAUCAGCGGCCUGGUCCUCAGCUACAUCCUCGCCAUUGUCCAGAUGCUGCAGUUCUCCAUCCGCCAGCUGGCCGAGGUCGAGAACGGCAUGAACGCCGUCGAGCGCCUGCGCUACUACGGCACCGAGCUCGACGAGGAGGCUCCCGCCCACACCGUCGACGUCCGGCCCGAGUGGCCCGACCGCGGCGCCAUCGCCUUCGACGCCGUCGAGAUGCGCUACCGCCACGACCUGCCCCUCGUCCUCCGCGGCCUGUCCAUGCACGUCGCCGCCGGCGAGCGCGUCGGCAUCGUCGGCCGCACCGGCGCCGGCAAGAGCUCCAUCGUCAGCGCCCUCUUCCGCCUCGUCGAGAUCUCGGCCGGCUCCAUCACCAUCGACGGCCUCGACAUUGCCACCGUCGGCCUGCACGACCUGCGCUCCCGCCUCGCCAUCAUCCCCCAGGACCCGACCCUCUUCCGCGGCACCGUCCGCAGCAACCUCGACCCCUUUGGCGAGCACUCGGACCUCGAGCUCUGGUCCGCCCUGCGCCAGGCCGAUCUCGUCCCCGCCGACCCGUCCGCCGCCGAGGCCGCCGCUCCCCUGCCCCCUUCUACCUCCUCCUCCUCCUCCCCUGACACCUCGACAUCCUCCUCUUCCCCAUCCCCGCGCAUCCACCUCGACAGCGCCGUCGAGGAAGACGGCCUCAACUUCUCCCUCGGCCAGCGCCAGCUCAUGGCCCUGGCCCGCGCCCUCGUCCGCGGCUCGCAAAUCAUCGUCUGCGACGAGGCCACCUCGUCCGUCGACAUGGAGACGGACGACAAGGUCCAGCGCACCAUGGCCACGGCCUUUCGCGGCAAGACGCUGCUGUGCAUCGCCCACCGCUUGCGCACAAUCAUCGCCUACGACCGCAUCUGCGUCAUGGACGCCGGCCGCAUCGCCGAGCUCGACUCGCCGCGCGCCCUGUGGCACCGCAACGGCAUCUUUCGCGCCAUGUGCGACCGCAGCGGCAUCCGCCUCGCCGACCUCGAGGCCGCCAGCAACGCCGUCUCGGGCCGCCAAACAGCCGCCGUGGGCAAGGCUCCCUGA